AUGACCCGGUUCCAGUAUCGGGGCCUGGGCGAAGGAGACCAGCCUAUCCGGCUGGUUACCAUCCUCCCAGGCUCUGAAAGUCAACCCAUCUCUCUUCAACUCCAUCACACAACAAUGACACAAGAGCCACCGCCCACCUAUGAAGCCUUAUCCUAUGUAUGGGGCUCGCCAGAUGGUGGAGUUGCAGUUUCAGUUGCCUACAGCGACGACCCUCACCAGUCAACCUUGAUGGUCGGACGAAAUCUUUUUGUUGCGCUACAGCAUCUCCGACGAGCCGACGAGCCUCGGACCAUGUGGAUCGACGCCGUCUGCAUCAACCAAGAGGACAUUGCCGAAAGAAGCAGCCAAGUCCGAAACAUGGGCAAUGUGUACAUAUUGGCGAGUCGCGUGGCUGUUUGGCUCGGCGAGGCCAACAAAGACAGUGACUUCAUUAUGAGUUUGCUGCAAGAUGUGGGCGCUCGAACACAACAGGAGCCUAAUGGCUGGAUUCAAUACUUGGAGUCCGAGGCAUAUCAAUCUCGGGCGAUGCAUGCCCUGCACUUCCUCCUUUUACGUCCCUGGUUUAAGAGGGUCUGGAUUCGACAAGAAAUUGGACUGGCAAACAGCGACUCUGUGGUAAUGUGCGGCUAUAUGGUGAUGCCGUGGCAACAUUUCCGCGAAGUGUUGCGUCAGUUACGUACACAGCCUUAUGUCGAGCACCUGGGAGAGAUGGCAGUGGUGCUAGAAGAAACACGUCGUGCCAUCCUUCCAAUGUCAACACAGAUUAGUCCUCGGCUGUUCUCCCGGCUCUACCAGGCGAGACCAUCACAAUGCCUCGACCCCAAGGAUAGGAUCUACGCAAACCUCAACCUGACUGGAUCGAUAUAUCGUGACAAGAUCAAGGUCGACUACAACAUGUCGACUUUGGACCUCUAUCGGCAGGUUGUCCUUGUCGAUCUCGAGAUGGGAGACCUGUCGAUACUUGGUCACUGUGACAUUUCAACUCGUCCUGCAGACUGGCCAUCUUGGGUUCCAGACUGGUCAACCCCGUUUUGCACGAGGAUCUUGGCAAAAGCAAAGAGUAGUUUUAUUCUACUUCCAGACGGUGGAUGUGUUGGAAACAACAUUCUACAGGCGGCAGGCCUCAUCAUCUCCCGCAUCGAGUCGCUCGACAAGACUCGGUUCUACCGUGACCGCUCCAACUUCAACACCGAGCUGGAGCGGCUCGCUAAGACAAGGAUUACCGGCUCCUAUCUCAACGGCCAGAGUCUCUUGGAGGCGUUUUGCGAUACCAUUUGCUGUGGUGACUUCAACACACCUGAACUCGACAGCGACUUUCCGGUCCUUGAGAUAACAAUGUCAUAUGUCGAAAGUCUUGCUGAGAAUGCCGAGAAUCAGUCUAGCAAGCCCCCUACGGCCUUGGAAUAUCAUAUUCCCCGACAUUGCCACGGCCGAUCAAUAUUUUGGACCGACCACGGGCACCUGGGGCUUUGCCCUGCUGGGAGUCAGCCCGGGGACGUCAUCGCCGUUUUGCUAGGUUGUGAUGCGCCGCUGGCUCUGCGCCCGAAUGAAUCUGGGGCAUAUGAAGUUGUAGGACAGUGCUAUGUUUCUGGUUUAAUGGAUGGUGAGGCCAUCCUGGGUGAGCUUCCACACCGCUCGAUGAAGGAUUCCAGAGUCGCUGCCUUUCGAAGCAGAAUGGAGGGUCUCCAAGGUGUUUGCCAGGAAGAAGAAAUGCCUAACAAUCUGGGCAACGAACACGGUACAGCUGCGGACUGUAAGGAGCACAUGGGCAGUGGCAAUAGAGGCAGCGAUUGGGACAGGAGUGAUGAUGAUGAUUCCUGGCUCAGAAGCGUCACGCCAGAAAUGCUCCGCAAAGCUGGUAUUGACGUCAAGGUGUUCAAAUUGAUAUAG